ACCCUCAUGCAUUCCUGUCAAGUCAUCUUGUGAAAGGCUGCCUGCUUCCAGCUUGGCUUGGAUGUUCAACCUUAAUAAAACUCACUGAGGUCUGGGAGAAAAUAGCAGAUCUGCAGCAGAUAGGGUAGAGGAAAGGGUCUAGAAUAUGUACACGCAGCUGACUCAGGCAGGCUCCACGCUGAACGGUUACACAGAGAGGAAACAAUAAAUCUCAGCUACUAUGCAAUAAAUAUCUCAAGUUUUAACUAAGGAAACUAUCAUUACAGUGAAAUAAAAAAAUAACAUUUUAGAACAAAGCUAAGAAAUGGCUAGUUUUCUGUGAUUCUUCUUCAAAAGCUUUCUUUGAACGGGAAAAAGUCAGAGACAAGCAGCUUUACCUGAAAUAAAGAAGUAGUUUAAAGGUCAGAAGAAAGGAGCAAGUUUUGCGAGAGGCACGGAGAGAGAGUGCUGGCAGUACAAUGACAGUUUUCCUUUCCUUAGCUUUCCUCGCUGCCAUUCUGACUCACGUAGGGUGCAGCAACCAGCGCCGAAGUCCAGAAAACGGUGGGAGAAGAUAUAGCCGGAUUCAAUAUGGGCAAUGUGCCUACACUUUCAUUCUUCCAGAACAUGACGGGAACUGUCGUGAGAGUAGGACAGACCAGUACAACACAAACGCUCUGCAGAGAGAUGCUCCGCACGUGGAACCGGAUUUCUCUUCCCAGAAACUUCAACAUCUGGAGCAUGUGCUGGAAAACUAUACUCAGUGGCUGCAAAAAAUUGAGAAUUACGUGGUGGAAAAUAUGAAGUCGGAAAUGGCCCAGAUACAGCAGAAUGCAGUUCAGAACCACACGGCCACCAUGCUCGAGAUAGGAACCAGCCUCCUCUCGCAGACCGCAGAGCAGACCAGAAAGCUGACAGAUGUGGAGACGCAGAUGCUAAAUCAAACAUCCCGACUUGAAAUACAACUGCUGGAGAAUUCAUUAUCAACAUACAAGCUAGAGAAGCAACUUCUUCAACAGACAAAUGAAAUCCUAAAGAUUCAGGAGAAAAACAGUUUAUUAGAACAUAAAAUCUCAGAAUUGGAGGGAAAGCACAAGGAAGAGUUGGACACCUUAAGGGAAGAGAAGGAGACUCUCCAAACCUUGGUUACUCGGCAAACAUAUAUAAUCCAGGAACUCGGGAAGCAGCUGAACAGAGCGACCACCAACAACAGUGUCCUUCAGAAGCAGCAGCUGGAGCUGACGGACACAGUGCAUAACCUCGUCAACCUGUUCACUAAAGAAGGUGUUUUACUAAAGGGAGGAAAAAAAGAGGAACCAUUUAGAGACUGUGCAGAUGUAUAUCAAGCUGGUUUUAAUAAAAGUGGAAUCUACACUAUUUAUAUUAAUAAUAUGCCAGAACCCAAAAAGGUAUUUUGCAAUAUGGAUCUUAAUGGGGGUGGUUGGACUGUAAUACAGCAUCGUGAAGAUGGAAGUGUGGAUUUCCAAAGAGGUUGGAAAGAAUAUAAAAUGGGUUUUGGAAAUCCCUCCGGUGAAUACUGGCUGGGAAAUGAGUUUAUUUUUGCCAUGACCAGUCAAAGGCAGUACACACUCAGAAUCCAGUUAAUGGACUGGGAGGGAAACCAAGCCUAUUCACAAUACGACAGAUUCCACAUAGGAAAUGAAAAGCAAAACUAUAGGUUGUAUUUGAAGGGUCACAGUGGGACAGCAGGACAGCAGAGCAGCCUGGUCAUACAUGGCGCAGAUUUCAGCACUAAAGAUGCCGAUAAUGACAACUGUCUGUGCAAAUGCGCCCUCAUGCUCACAGGAGGCUGGUGGUUUGAUGCUUGUGGUCCGUCCAAUCUAAACGGAAUGUUCUAUACAGCGGGACAAAACCUGGGCAAACUGAAUGGGAUAAAGUGGCAUUACUUCAAAGGGCCCAGUUACUCCUUACAUUCCGCAACCAUGAUGAUCCGACCCUUGGAUUUUUGAAGGCACGAUCUCAGGAGCAGUUUAUAAAAACAACCAAGAAAUCUGGAGACGCUACCAGAUGAGAAACCGCUUGAAAACUUCUGGAGCAAAACCAUGUGUCCCCCUCCCGGCAACAGGCAGCAGUUCUGUGAAAUCAGCCAGGUUCUUGACUGUGGAUGUGGAGCCUGUUGAGUUCACAAAGGUCUGUGCUCGGGGUGACCCUGCUCGUGUGGCUCGGCUGUCGAGGACGCCACUCACUGUCAUGUUUUCAAAAGGGAAGGAACCGCUCAGCUCCCCACGCUUCAAGCUACUACUGGAUCUUACUUUGGAACUAUGAUAAAUAGGGUUGAUUUCAGGUAAAACUGAAGAAGAAGAACGUGAACCACCAACAAAAAGAAUGUACAUGAAGAAUAGAAGCAGGCCUUUCAUAAUCCCGUGGAAAAGAUGUGUCACACCAGUGAAAUGGUGGUGUUUCUAUGCACACCUACUAACAAUCCGUUUAUACUGUUGCACAAUUUUAGUAAAAGUUCAGGAAGCACAGCAUUGCUCUCUGAGUCGGUUAAAUGAUAAUGAAUUUCAGAAGCCUAAUUCCUAAGUCAUACUUACUCAUUGAUUUCAGUUAACCCAUCUUCAAGUGUAAACUCCAUGUUGUUGAAUCAUAAUGAAUUGUAGUGCAUGAAGGCUAACAGUGUGAUGUCGGGACAGACUCUGUUACUCUUUUAUUUUUUUAUACAGUCCUCAGAAAAAAAAAAUGAACAUUAUCAAGUAUGGACCUAUAUGCUAAAAAAUUAUCCCCCCUCCCCCACUAUAGUUUUCAUUUACUUUAAAAACUGACUGAUUGAUAUAAAAAUAUAUUUAUAGCCUGAGUAAAGUUUAAUGAAUGUGAAAUUUAUCAUCAAGCUCUUAAAAUAAUAUACGUGCAUUUAAUAUUUCCUAUGAUAUCCUACAUGAAAGCAGUUUUUUUAGAGUGUAUUAAACUGAAGUAAAACCAAGUAAACUGGAACAGUUUAUUUUACAGUAUUUUCUUGCAUGUGUACAUGUGAGUGUAACUACAUUAUUUUUAAAUAAUGAUCUUCAGUUCUUCACCCUGUUAUUUUAUGCUAAUUUAAUUUUUGCUCACUAACUGAAACAUGCUUUCCAAAUUUACCCUGUUCCAGUUUCCAUAAAAGAUACACUUUGAAGUCUAUGAAAAGUAAAAAAAUUAUAUUGUAUAUAGCGUGUUUAUAUCCACAGUAAACCUAAUAGCUGUUUAAUCUGGAAUAUGCAACACUGUUCUUAAUUGAUGCCAAUAAACACAAGUUUUCAAAGAAAUCUACUACACUACUUUAUGAAAUACAUUAUUUCUUCAUGUUUUUUCUCCCUCAGGCUCUGUUUUUCUUAAGCAGUUUCAGAUUUUUAAAAUUAUUAGUGAUAAAAAUUGGCAAAACACUGUAUUAUGCAUAAGGGAAAUAGACACAAAAAUUAAUCAUAGUCACCUAUUGAAUAAAAAAAUUUUGACUGCUGGUUGCUAUAAUUUUCUUAAUGAAGAUAUGCCUGUGGUAUAAUCUAUUUUAAGUGAGUUUGAAGUUACUACUGUCUCUAAGUGUUCAAGUUUACAAUAGUGAACAGGUGUUAUCAAAACAUGAGAUAAGAAAAUUGAAAUACAUAUUGGGUGUCCUUUUAGAAAAAUAAAAGUUUUCUUCAAAGCAACAAUACCGAUUUCAAACCUGGUGACUUGAUCUGGUAUGCCUUUAUGGCUCUCUUCUAUUUGAGAGAAUAGAGCUAUUCACAUUUUUAAGAAAGUAUUUUUUAAAAAUUUACCAUCAAGUCUUUAUAUGUAUGCAUCUGUAUACAACCUUGUUUUGCCUUACACGUGCUAUUUGCAGGUAUUACACAGUUUUUCUAUUCUUGGUGACUCCUUCAUAGUACUGAUUAGCCUCUCCCUCUAAAAACCUUCUUGAUUGCCUUCAUUUAAAAGAAUGAAAGUGAGUGUUUAAUUCUUUUGUGUUUCUACAGAGUUUUUAAACCAGUUUUUUGAUAAGAAAUACUAUUCCUCAAGUCAUAUUACAAAAAUAAAAUGAAAUAACAAAAAAAAAGCAUGAGAUUUACUGUUUUGUUAUCUGGGUUUGAGAAAUGAAAUAUUUUUUCCAAUUAUUUAUAAUAAAGCAAUAUAAAAUGUUUUAUGAUUUCAUUAUGUGCAUUGUGUAAUGCCUACAUGUUUUUGGCGAUUUAACAUGUGUAUAUCCUUUUCAUUUAAUUAUUUCAGGAUAAGAUAAUUAGGUAUUAGGAUUUUGUCUUUAAAUUUUUAUUUCAAUAAAACUCGUGGUUUCUA